AUGCUCGCUGCCGACACGCUCGGCGCCUAUGGGUCGACGAAGCGCUACAAGUCGCUCGAGCGCAUCGUGCGGGUCAACGCGCGCACGCUGGUGGGGGCGGGCGGGGAGGUGAGCGACUUCCAGUACAUCGUGCGGCUGCUAGACGAGCUCACCACAGAUGACUACCGCACGGACGACGGCAUUGAGCUUGGGCCCAAGGAGAUCUUCUCGUACCUCACGCGCGUGAUGUACAACCGCCGCGGCAAGAUGGACCCGUUGUGGAACUCGCUGGUGGUGGGCGGCGUGGAGGCGGACGGCACGCCGUUCCUGGGGACCGUAGGCAUGAUCGGGACGCACUACGAGGACAGCCACGUGGCCACCGGCUUCGGUGCCCACCUGGCGCGCCCCCUCUUCCGCGAGCGCCAGUCCGACGCCAUGUCGGAGGCGGACGCGGAGGCGCUUCUCAGGGAUGCGCUGCGGGUGUGCUACUACCGGGACAAGCAGUCCAUCAACAAGUUCCAGAUAGCAAAGGUGGCGGCUGACGCCCCUGCGGCAGUUGGGGAGCCGUUUGCUUUGGAGACGAGCUGGGAUUACAAGGCGUUUGCGGCGCCCACCAAGUGGGCCAUUGGGGCGUGGUGA